UAUGUAGUUCCUCAUUUUCAGGGGCUCAAAAGUAAUUGGACAAUUGACUGACAAUCAACCCAUGAAAUCCAUGAAAACACCUCCAGAGCCCCAUUAAUCAAUAUUUUAUAUUAACAAAGAAUUAAAUGACUGUGUUUAAAUCAAAUGAUAAUUAUCUUUUUUAGCCUCUUUUAGCUCAUUGUUUUGGCACAUUUACUGUUAGGCUCACGUUCGCCACUCUCAUCAGCUGUGUUUCAGCCAUUAGCAGGGAGCUGUUUUCAACAACACCAAAAAAAAGUAUGUGUCUCUCAGUAUGUGGUGGAGUUCUCCCACCCCCAAGUGGCCCAAAAAAAAUGAUGGCAUCUCUGUUUCUGCCUCCAGGUGGCCUGCUGUAGCCAUGAGGGUGCUCAAUUCUAUGCAUUGUUUGGGUCCUAACAUUUACCCAGAGGUGCCUGAUGGCGGCUGGGGCUGGGCUGUGGCCAUGGCCUUCUUCUUGGUGGAGGUCUGCACCUAUGGGAUCCUCAAGAGCCUGGGUGUCUUCCUCCAGGACCUGAUGGAAGAGUUUGGAGAGAGCAACAGCAGAGUUUCAUGGGUCAUCUCCAUUUGCAUCUUCAUCUUUACCUUCACUGCCCCCCUUUCCACCAUGCUGAGCAACCGCUUCGGCUAUCGUCCAGUGGUGAUGAUGGGAGGAUUCCUCAUCAGUCUGGGAACCAUCACUUCUGCCUUCACCAAUUCCAUCGAAGAGAUGUACAUCACCAUUGGCAUUGUCUCAGGCCUCGGCUACUGCCUCACCUUCCUCCCCACUGUCACCAUCUUAGCCCAGUACUUCUCCAGACGACGAGCCCUUGUCACCUCCAUUGCUUCCUCCGGAGAAUCUUUUGCCAUAUUCGCAUUUGCUCCAGCCUUCACUGCACUGAAAGAACACAUUGGCUGGCGCUACUGUCUGGUUGUCCUCGGCAUCUUUCAGGCUUCUGUGAUUGGCUGUGGGCUUCUUCUUCGUCCAAUCAUCAUUGAGCUGGAACUUGUAAAGCACGACAAUGAAUCGGACAAAGACUCUCUCUCUCUGAAGAAGCUGCAGACUGUUUGUGAGCUGGAGAACGAACAAACCAGAACCUCCCUCAGUUCAGGAGUCUCCCGAGGUUCAGAAGACUCAGGCGUCACCUCCCUCUCUGCUUCAAACAUAGACCUGAGGACUGCAGGAGCACAAACCAAGCCCCAGAUGGAGUGGGAGGUACAGGAAAAAGAGGGCCAGGAGCCAUCACUGUCCACACUUCCCAACCCAGGCAAGGAGAAGGAUGAGUUGGAACUGGCAGAGGCAGAGGAGGGUCCUCUCCAGCCCUCCAGCCCCAAACUCCUGGACUUCUCUGUGCUUAAAGAUGGUGCCUUUAUCUGGUACUCCCUCUUUGGCCUGUUUGCCACGCUGGGCUUCUUCGCUCCCCAGCUUUAUAUCAUUGAACUGAGCAAGAGCCAUGGUGUGGAGCCCAGCAUAGCCUCCUACAUGCUGUCUGUAAUGGCCGUGGCUGAGAUCUUCGGUCGUUUGUCAAUUGGGGUGGUGUUGAACAAACUCCGCUGCAGGAAGACCUUGGUGCUGUUGGCAUGUGUGGUUUUACUGUGCCUGGUUCUGGUGGCCUUCACUAUCGUUUGGGAGUUCUGGGGCCUGGUGCUCUGCUGCGCCCUCUAUGGCUACUUCAUGGGCACCGUUGGCUCCACACACAUCCCGAUGCUGGCUGAAGAGGACGUGGUGGGCAUCCAAAAGAUGGCAUCAUCUGUAGGAGUUUAUGUCUUCAUCCAGAGCUUUGCUGGGCUGGCCGGACCCCCACUAGGAGGUGUGUUGGUGGAUGUCACACAGAACUAUGGUGCUGCAUUCUACUCCUGCGCAGUGGGCAUGGGGCUCAGUGCCAUCUGCCUGGCUCUGGUCCGCCCAGCCAAGUCUGGCAUGUGCCAAAGACAGAACAGAAACAAAGAAAAAUGCAAGAGCACAGAGGAAGAGGAGAAAAUGUCUCAGGACAGUGACCAGACAGACUUCUUGGAGGUGGACCUGGCCCCAGAGGAAAAUCCCAUUAGACAGGCUGUGGAUCAGGACAACGUCUCUGUAAUAUGAACCCAACCACAGCAUGACAUCACCUCAUAACUAGGGACAAGAACGUCAACACCGUAGAUACAUAAGUCCAGAUGCACUUCGAGAGGCUGCAGUGUCACUGAAACUAAUCCACAGACUUCACAGCUGCUGCUUUUUCCAAAUCUCAGGUGUCACUUUCUCACUUACUGACAAGCUUGAAGUUCACUCCUUCCCAGGAAGGAAGCAGUCUCUCCUCUGAGACCAAAUACACAUCCAUGCUGAGCACAAUGGAGUCACACCUUAGCUAUUUAACAACUUUACACAAAUUUGUUUAGAGCAAAACCUGGCCUGUUAAGAACUUUCACAAUCCUCUGUGUACUAUUAAGUUCUGGUCAGUUUAAAUUUGAGUACUGUUAUCUCAGGAAAGAAGCAUUGUUGUCAUGGAUAUUGAGGCGUCAGGAACAUGACUUAGAUAAAACAGUAUUUAUAUGUAUCAGAAGCCUCCGUAACAUCAUGCCUGUUGAUUCCUGCUCAUGUUUAGACAUGCAUCUCGACUGUGUGUCUGUUUUCAGUAAUGCCCUACAAUGGCUCUGAUACGUGCUGAACACCUGCACGUUGUGUUAUUCAACCUUGCUGGAUGCAAACCCACAAGACACAGUCACUUCUUCAGCAAAGUCUGGAGAGUGAACCACAACUCAUAGCUUUAAAAUGUAUUUCUCCCACACAAAAUGAACACUAGACAAUCUGUCUUUAUGCAUUUGAUGCAUGGAGAAUGAUAUUCAGUACUGCUAAAGCUGGACAAGAAAAUGUAGGCAUGCAAUCUGUACAUACAGUCUGUCUCAUAUCUGUGUCUUACACACAUUCAUGUGAUGGAUAUUUAAUUUGUAACAUUGUGGUAACAAUAGCAGUGUUCAGAAUGAAUUAAAGAGAUCCAGCUUAGUUUCUGUAUUUGGGGGCCUGUAUUCUGCAAUUCCAUGUUACUGGAGGAUGUGGGAUUCAUUUUGCAUGAGUCUCAGCCCAACUUUACAUACUUAUUUCUUUACUGCUUUGGUUAAAAGCAUUGACUGUAUAUCUAUUAUCAUGUUAUCAUCCUGAUCCUUUUGAUGUACUGUAGAAUGAACUUGUAAUGAUGACACAAUAGAAGAAUUUGAAGGGUUUACAGUGAUUUUUUUUUUCCACUGCCACGGCUAACUAAAUACAUUAAUGCACAUGUCAAUUGUAGAACUAGAGAAGAUGUGUGUGUGUAUGUGUGUGUGCAAAGGUGUGAAGGAGAGCUCUGACAGGAGAGAGACUCCACACGAAGCACCUUCCCCCAGAGUCCCUCCUACAGCCUCAGAUCAUCUCCACACCCACCACAACAUGAUUUGAAGUUUAGCUGACAAACCUUUCUGUAAUCACCUUUAUUUAACUAUUUAUAAUGAUGAUUUGAGGUUCAUUUUUUUAAUAUAACUUUUUAAAGUUUUUUAGUUAAUUGAGUGCCAGGUAUGUUCCUGCCUGUUAAGUGCUGUAUUGCUUUCAUUUAUUUUUUUUAAAUAAAAUCUCCUCUAGACUCCUUUUCGUGACUGGUGUAGUGUUUGCUGGGCCAACAGUAUGCAAAGCUAGUAGAGGACUGUCUCUCUGUAUUUUGUCAGUAAUGUUAGUAAAGCAAAUGGAAUGUGUAAUGUAUUUCAUAAAAAAAUAUAUAUAAUGUGCUCAAGCUAAAUUGAUAUGUGGUGCUGACAUCUGUUACUGUUCCUGAAAUAAUCUCAUGUAAUAUCUCACAUCUCAUGGAUGUGAUGGACUGUUGAUGUUUGGAACCUCAAACAGUUUCUACAUGUCACUAAAACGAUCGAAAA